CGCCAGGUCUCUUCUGCUAUCUUGACAGCUUCGUGCCUUCGUCUCCAAAGUCCACCGGGAAAUCAUGGCGACUCUCACCGGCAUGAACAUCUCCUCCCCUAGACUCGCGGCCAGGCCGCUCCGCUCGUCUCGUCCUCAGCCGCAGAGCCUCGGCUUCCAGCGGCUGAGCCGCCGCACCCCCCUGCGGACGAGGCUGGUGGCGGCGGCGGCGCCGGAGCAGAUAGAGGAGAAGGUGGCGGAGAGCAUAAGGGAGGCGGAGGAGACGUGCUCGGAGAACCCGGUGAGCGGGGAGUGCGCGGCGGCGUGGGACGAGGUGGAGGAGCUGAGCGCGGCGGCGAGCCACGCGCGGGACCGGAAGAAGGAGUCGGACCCGCUCGAGAGCUUCUGCAAGGACAACCCGGAGACCGACGAGUGCCGCACUUACGAUAAUUAGAAGUUUAUAAAUUUUCAGAUAAUAUUCCGGUCGAUUUUAUUUUCGAAUGAAUAAUUUCUUUUUGGUGGAAUGGACCUUUUUCCUUCUUCUUUUUUUAAUCUUUUUUAAUUUGUUGAAGCUUUAAUGGGUUUACUGUGGCUUUGUGUAAAAUUAAGAAGCGCGUGCAAUAUGUGGGGGUGUAAGCUAUGGUUGGUUUUCUGAUGCAAAAUAACAAAUUAUGUUUUCUUUUCUGUUUA